GCACUUCCACCAUGUUUCGGCUCCCCGGGAAGCCUGGGUUCACCAGUCCGGCCCUGGCUCUCCUCUCGAACCACUGCCGCCUGGUCUCCUGGAGACGGGAGUUUGCAGCCUCCGAUUGUGGCGUGGGGCUGCACGUUCUGCUCCACUGUGAGGUCACCUGCCCUCCAGGGUGGAACGCAGGGCGCUGAGGCUCCCCCAGUGGCGCCAGGCAGUCCGGAAGCUGAGCACGCUGGCCGCUGGCCCGGACCUCCGGAGGCUAGCGGCCCCUGCCCGCCCGGUGCCCGAGACGCAGAAGAGGCCGAGGAGCAGCCAUGAGCAUCCUGUUGCUCCUCCUGGGCUGCCUCGUGUGCCUCUUCCUGCUGGUCUUCUGGCCCCGUGACUGUCAGAGACACACUGGUGAAACAUCAUCAAACUCGACUGCUUUCCUACUAGUGAGACCAUCUUCUGUGACUGAGUCAGCUAACAGCGAUGGUGACAACAGUGUGACAGUCAUCCGCCUCUCUCGGGACACCUUAAUUAAUUCCCCGAGCUCCGAGGUUGUGGACAAACUAGUAGUGGUAAACCUCAGGGUGGUGGAAUACAACCUCGCCGAACUGGAACGUUUGGUAGUCACCAGGCGUUUAAGUGGCACACUAGUGAACCAUAAACCCACCGGGCAGGCUGGCAGCAUGUGCUGACAGUGUACACAA